AGUCUCUCUCUCUCUCUCUCUAUCUAUCUAUUUCUCCCCCUCCCUUUCCUUUUCUCUUAUCCUUCUUUUCUUUUCUCUUUUCUGCCUUUUGUAUUAUUUUUUCUGCUUCUUGUCUAUCGAAAUAAUGGCUGGCCACACACAUGUUUUAAGCGAUAGCCAUAGUCGAACGAUUCCCUCUGACUAUCUCGCCAACAGUACUAUUGUUAGUCGAGCAAUGGCAGCAGCGGCAGCAAACAACCAUCACAACGCUCAUGCCAUUCGACGAGGACGACAGUCUCAUCGCUACGAUGUUUCAGUAUUUUAUUCAAUGGCAGCCGAACAGGAUAUUGAAAUUGAAGAUGACCUUGCCUUGGCCCAGCGAACUCUUCGAGAUUUUAAAUCCAAUAUAUCUGCUCAAUCGAAAAAGAAUUUCAUGCUCGAAAGAGACGUCCGUUUCCUUGAUUCCCGAAUCGCACUCCUUAUUCAAAAUAGAAUGGCCCUUGACGAACAAACCGAAGUUGUUUCUCAUCUUGAGUACCAUGACGACGACACCGAAGGUCAUUAUCCAGACGAUCGAAAAAUGCAACAAUACGGAAGUCUCUUUUUUCUGCUUCAAUGUGAACCUCGCCACAUGGCUACUCUCUGUCGACUAGUCAGAUUAUCUGAGAUUGAUACUCUUCUUCAAACUGUCAUGUUUACACUUUACGGGAACCAGUAUGAGAGUAGAGAGGAGCAUCUUUUAUUAACCAUGUUUCAGAAUGUAUUGGCUGCACAAUUCGAGACAACAUCAGAAUUUGCUUCUCUCCUACGGGCCAAUACACCUGUUUCGAGAAUGAUGACUACGUACACGCGUCGUGGACCUGGUCAGUCGUAUCUAAAACUUGUUUUGUCUGACAGAAUCAACCGCCUGAUCGAACAAGUCGAUUUGAACCUACAGAUCAACCCACUUAAGGUUUACGAAGAAUUGAUAUUGGCGGCCGAAGAGGGCCGGGAAGAAGACCAAGGUCUCGAGCGAGGGAUAUCAGCAGAGGGAGCUGCAGCCCAUCCUCAAGUCAAAGCCACCAUCAAGCCCAGACUUGCAUUGUUAAUGGAAACUGCCGAGUCUUUUCUGGACACCAUCUUAGGAUCGCUUGACAAGGUUCCGUAUGGUAUCCGCUGGAUAUGUAAACAGAUCCGUUCCUUGACCCGACGAAAAUAUCCGGACGCCUCAGACUCUGCAAUUGCUUCUCUGAUCGGAGGCUUCUUCUUUUUAAGGUUCAUCAACCCAGCAAUCGUCACCCCUCAGGCGUACAUGCUCGUCGAUAAUCUACCAAAGAACCACCCACGAGCCGUACUCACACUUGUAGCCAAACUUCUCCAGAAUCUAGCAAACAAGCCAGCGUAUGCCAAAGAAAGUUACAUGAUUCCGACCAACUCGUUUAUUGAAAAGAAUAAGCAGCGGAUCAACAAGUUCCUCAAUGAUUUGUGUGAAGUGGGAGACUUUUAUGAGAGUCUGGAAAUGGAUCAGUACAUGACCCUUUCUAAAAAAGACAUCAUCAUCAAUAUCACGCCUAAUGAAAUCUACAAUACCCUUGCCCUCUUGCAGCAGCACAUCGAUAUCCUCGCGCCCAAACCAACAGAUCACCUCAGAGUCUUGGUGAGUGAACUGGGAACAGCUCUUCCACAAGUAGCACGACAACACAACAAACCCAUUGAGUUGCCUCUGUUUAGCCGAUGGGAAAUACCAAUCCAAGACUUGACCAUGGCUCUAAUGUCAGAAAACAACAUCACUCAGAGUGACAUUACAUACAUGGAAACCAAAGCCAUCUUUGUUCAGAUCAUUCGUUCUCUUCCUUAUCUAUCCAGACCUCCUCUCCAACUCGCGCAGAUACUAGAAACCGCAAACACUGCAAAAGAUCCACUCCUUACUCGCAAAGGACUCAAGGUGACCGAGAUGCUGGAUGAGUUGGAACGAAUGGGCGUCAUCCAUCGGCAGGAUGGUUACAAACUCCUUGUAGAAGAGAUCACCCAAGAGCUGGCUCAUCUAGGCGAUCUUAAAGACAAGGUUGUUGAAGAGAUGGGCAGUCUAGAGGGUGUGUACAAAACUAUUCUGGACCACAACAAUUAUCUCAAAAUUCAACUGGAGAGUUACCGUGCCUACCUCCAGAAUGUUCGAAUGCUCAGUAUUGGUAACACCAAGGAGGCUGUGCACCAUGGACACGAACCCGCAUUGGCAGAAAAGCAGGUUGGCUUGGGCGUGGCCCUAACAACAGGAAAGACUGCCAAGAAAACCGUAAAAUCCCAGCAUCUUCAGGGGCCAUUCAAGUUUUCCCAUCAACAGCUAGAGCGUGAAGGUGUGAUUGCGGAGACAGAGGUGGCCGAGCAUCGACGAUGCAACAUAUUCUUGUCAGUAUUGUCGCCACUCCCGGGAACUUUUAUCAUCUCUCUUCAUUACAAGGGAAGAGAAAGACCGGUUUUGGAGAUCGAUUUGAAAUUAGACGACCUGUUGGAGAGACAACAAGACAAUGUGCAACUGCUGGAUUUGGAGUACAUGAAACUGCAUGUCACAAAGACACUGCAACUAUUGACAAAAACAUUCAUGACAAAGAAUAAGACUGGUUUCUUUUCCUAAGUGAAUUAUGAAUCCUUGCAUACCUAUCUUUCUUCUCCUUUUACGGGUCAUCUCUUUUUAUAUAUCUACAUAUCUAUAUCUACAGUUAGCGUUUGAUUUAGGACUAUAUAUAAUUUCUUUUUCUUCAUCUGUUCUCUGCUAAGAUUAUCACUAUCUUCCAAUACACUGUUAGUGGUAAAUAUAAUUUUACAAAUAUCACUAUAUCGAACUCAGAGUUUGUUUGUUUGUUUUUGUAAAAAUAAAUAAAAUAAAAUUAGAAGAUAUUUUUUGCUUAACAUUUUUGAACCAUGACAGGUUAAACUACUUGUUCCUUUCUUUCUAUCUACAAAAUAUAACCAUUUUGACCUACAGAAUAAAAGCUUUGUUCCUAUAUACUAUAUUGCAAUAUUGCAAUAUUGUAACCUUAUCCAGGACUUGCAAGAAAAAUAAAAUG